AUGGAUCACCUUGAACGAUUAUGUUCAAUUUAUCAGGACGGCCGUCCGCUGGAGGAGUACAUCCACGAAUUUCUCACCUGCUCUAAGCAGACUUCCCUCGACCGGUGGGCUCUUGUGGACUGUUUCUGGGGUGGUUUGGAUGAGGGGAUCGCUAAACGGAUGCCACUGGCUGGGUCCAGGUGGACCCUGCCCGAUUACAUCAGCCUGGCUCGGUUCCUCAGCAGAUCAUCAUCCAUUAGUGCCAUCUAUCCUCAGUCAAGCCCGCCGGCUGCGGCUCACACAAGCCUGCCGGACGUUCAGCACUCAAAUUCGCUGACCUCUCCGCUGUCAAGCCCACCGGUCAUCUCCCUCUCCUCAGACCAAAAGAGGAGAUUGCGGAGAAAGAGACUGUGGGCUCAGCCCAGCUUGCGGCAGGUAAAGGUGAGAUGUCCCGUCAAUCACCUCCAAUGCCUCGGUACCCACAGGUGUGUUCAUUUUAGUACACUCUGCAAUGGAGUACGAGACUGUGAGGAUGGAUAUGACGAGGGUGUGCACUGCCGCGAGUUGGUGGGUAGCUGCAAGGAGCGGAGAUGUCAGUUUGACUGUGUGAUCAUGAGAAACGGGACGUCCUGUUUCUGUGGGGAAGGUUUCGAACUGGAUGAGGACAGGAGGCGGUGUCGAGAUCAUGAUGAAUGCAGGGAUUAUGGGACAUGCAGUCAAAUCUGCAUGAACACGCAGGGAUCGUACAGAUGCGCUUGCACAGAUGGCUUCAGCCUGCAAGCCAACAGACGAUCCUGCAAAGCCAAAACAGAUCCUGGUGAUAAACCUCCGGUUCUGUUGACAACAAAUAUGAAUUCUAUAUCAGUUGUUUACCUCAAUGGAUCAUCUAUGCCAAAUCUCAAGUCCAUGGAGACAAAUGGGACUCAAAUAUUGGACUUUAUUUAUAGAGAAGAGUCACUCUGUUGGCUCUCAGUGGCCCAGGAUACAGGUCAGCUGUGGUGUGCCCGCAUGACCAAACUCAAAGGCUUUUCAGAAAAACACCAGAUACGGAUAGGUCAGAACCUACAAAAUGUGGAGCAUAUGGCCAUCGACUGGUUGACAGGAAACUUCUACUUCGUAGACAGAGUGAACGACCGGAUAUUCGUGUGCAGCGAACAGGGAGAUGCAUGUGUCACCAUCAUCGACCUGGACAUCCAGAACCCUAAAGGCCUAGCGCUGGAUCCCAUCAUGGGAAAACUCUUUUUCACGGAUUAUGGGACGGUAGCCAAGGUGGAACGCUGCAAUAUGGACGGCACCAACCGAACCAGGAUAGUAGAGUAUAAAACUGAACAGCCGACCGCCGUGACAUUGGACUUGGUGAAGAAGCUCGUCUACUGGGCAGACGCUUAUCUGGAUUUUAUCGAAGUUGUGGAUUACAAUGGCAAGAACAGACACACAAUCAUCCAAGGAAGCUCGGUGUCGCACCUGUACGGAUUUGCACUCUUUGAAGAUUACCUGUUUGCGACAUGCUCUGAACCCUCCAGAGAGAGCAAGGUGGACAUAUUUAGGAUAAAUCGCUUUAACAGCAGUGACACAAACACCAUUACCACUUUGGAAAGUGCCAGAGCUGUCCGAGUUUAUCACAGAUUGGCUCAACCUACAGUCAGGACUCACGCAUGCAGCCCUGAUACACACGGACGAAAGGGUGGAUGCUCGCAUAUCUGUCUCCUGAGCCACAACUACAAAUCACGUAUGUGCCGCUGCCGGACCGGCCACGUCCUUGCCAGCGACGGGAAGUCAUGCAAAAAACCAAAGAAUGAGCUGUUCCUGUUUUACGGAAAAGGACGGCCCGGGGUUAUCAGAGGUCUGGAUAUGAAUAUCAAGUCUGGAGAUGAACAUUUGAUUCAAAUCGAAGGGCUCGUGAGUCCCAGAGCGUUGGAUUUCCAUGCAGAGAGUAGCUACAUCUACUUUGCCGACACCACGAGCUUCCUAAUUGGACGACAGAAGAUUGACGGAACCGCUCGGGAAACGAUCCUUAAGGACGAGCUGGAUAAUGUUGAGGGUAUUUCGUUGGACUGGAUAGGUAAUAACCUGUUCUGGACAAAUGACGGUUAUAGAAAGACCAUCAGCGUGGCCGGGCUGGACCGGCCCUCGCAGACCAGGAGAACGCUUUUAGAAGGCAAUAUGUCUCAUCCCAGGGCCAUUGUUGUGGAUCCUCUAAAUGGAUGGAUGUAUUGGACGGACUGGGAGGAGGAUGAGUUAAUUGACAGCAGAGGAAGGAUAGAGAAGGCCUGGAUGGAUGGAUCUCACCGUCAGAUCUUCGUCACAUCCAACAUGCUGUGGCCUAACGGCCUCACUCUGGACCACUCCUCCAGCGUCAUGUACUGGUGUGACGCCUACUAUGACCACAUUGAGAAAAUCUACCUCAACGGCAGCCACAGAACGGUGGUGUACAGCGGGAAAGAGUUGAAUCAUCCAUUUGGGAUUGCGCAUUACCAGAAUUACAUAUUCUGGACGGAUUACAUGAACGCCUCGAUAUUCCGUCUGGAUUUGUCAUCCAAUGAUGUUGCCCUAAUGCGGGCUGAAAGACCACCUCUCUUCGGGAUUCAGGUGUAUGACCCGCAGAGCCAGAAAGGUAAUAACCAGUGUUCGGCAAAUCACGGUGGCUGCGGCUCUUCGGCUCUAUGCCUUGCUACGCCUGCAGGUCGCAUGUGCGCCUGUGCAGACGGCCAACAUUUGGAGAAAGAUAACAUUACCUGUUCAUCCCCAUCAGAGGUCACUAAGACAAAGCGCUGCGGCCCAGCGGAGUUUCAGUGCCAGAACCAGCGUUGCAUUCAGCUCUCGUGGAAGUGUGAUGGGGAUGAUGACUGCUCAGAUGGCAGCGAUGAAGAUCCACACCUCUGCUCCAAUCGCAGCUGCCCAGCGGACCAAUUUAAAUGCCUGAACAACCGCUGUAUCCCGAAGAGAUGGCUGUGUGACGGCACCGACGACUGCGGCAGCAACGAGGAUGAGUCCAACCACACCUGCUCGGCCCAAACCUGCCAGCCGGGCCAGUUUCCCUGUGAGAAUGGACGCUGCAUCCCGGAGAACUGGCGCUGUGACCGUGAUGAUGACUGCGGGGAUCAGUCGGAUGAGUCUUCGUCAUGUGACUUCCCAACUUGUGAACCGCUGACCCAGUUUGGCUGUGCUAAUGGGAAAUGCAUCAGUGUGAAAUGGCACUGUGAUUCCGAGGAUGACUGUGGGGACAGAAGUGAUGAGGUGGGCUGCGUUCACGCCUGUUCGGUGUCUCAGUUUCAGUGCUCCAGCGGGAAGUGCAUCCCUGAGCACUGGAUGUGCGACGGGGACAAUGACUGCGGUGACCUCAGCGACGAGAACGCCACCUGCUCCAGGACAGUGCUCUCCGCCAUUAACGACUGCCGUGAGAAAGAGUUCCACUGCCGUGGCGACGGAACCUGCAUUCCUGAAAUAUGGCGCUGCGACGGAGACAAAGACUGCGAGGACGGUAGCGAUGAAUUCGCCUGUGAGGGAGCCAAGAGAAUGUGCGACCCCAAGGCAAAGUUCACCUGCAAGGUCUCAGGGAAAUGCGUUAGUAAGGACUGGGUGUGCGAUGGAGACAUCGACUGCGAGGACCAAUCGGAUGAGGAGGGGUGUGAAGUGUCCGUCUGUAAGCCUCCGAAGUUUCCCUGCGGCAAUGACACGUCUGUGUGCCUCCCGCCAGAGCGAAUCUGUAACGGCUGGAGGGACUGUGCCGACCAUUCUGACGAGGGACCCUACUGCGAUGAGUGUUUGGUGAGGAAGGGCGGCUGCAGUCACGAGUGCUUGGUGGCGCCGGGUAAAGGGGUCGUGUGUUCCUGUCCGGUGGGGUUCCAGCUGGGUUCGGACAGCCGGACAUGCGAGGUCCUGGAUUACUGUACCAAGCACCUACGCUGCAGCCAAGUGUGCGAACAGCACAAGAAUACUGUGAAAUGCUCCUGCUAUCCAGGCUGGAGUCUUGGACCUGAUGGAGACAGCUGUUAUAGUACAGGUGUUUCGUCAAUCGAGGUGGUGGUCCAGCAUGGUCUAGCCACUCCAGAAGGCCUUGCCGUUGAUUGGAUAGCGGGAAAUCUCUACUGGAUCGACAGCAACCUGGACCAGAUUGAGGUGUCCAAGCUGAAUGGCGAAUUACGAACCACCCUCAUCGCCGGGGGUAUGGAACACCCUCGGGCCAUCGCCGUGGACCCCGGCCAGGGUGCCUUGUUCUGGACCGACUGGGAUGCCACGUUUCCUCGCAUUGAAGGCGCUUCCAUGAGCGGGAAACGGCGACAUGUGGUUUUCAAGGACAUGGACUCCGGCGCUUGGCCCAACGGACUGACCUUGGACCACAUGGAGAGCAGGAUAGUAUGGACAGACGCCCGAUCUGACGCUAUAUACUCUGCUCUAUAUGACGGAACGGGGAUGAUUGAAAUUCUCAGAGGCCACGAGUUCCUCUCUCACCCCUUCGCCGUGUCUCUCUUUGGUGGGAGUGUUUAUUGGACUGACUGGAGGACCAACACUUUGACAAAAGCCAACAAAUGGACCGGGGCCAAUGUAACUGUGAUCCAAAAAACCAGCGCCCAACCCUUCGAUCUGGAGAUAUACCAUCCUAGCAGGCAGCCACAGACUCCUAACCCAUGUGCAGGUAACAAAGGAAGAGGCCCGUGUUCUCACCUCUGCCUUAUAAAUUAUAAUGGUUCUGCAUCUUGCUCCUGUCCACAUCUCAUGAAACUGUCGGCCAACAACCGAAGCUGCCAAGGUGUGAAGAAGUUCCUGUUAUACGCUCGGAGAUCUGAGAUUCGAGGAGUGGACAUCGACAACCCGUACCUCAACGUCAUCAUGGCCCUCACCGUACCCGAUAUCGAUGACGUCUCGGCGAUGGAUUACGAUGCUGUAGAGGAGAGGAUUUACUGGGCCGAUGUGAAGACCCGAACGAUAAAAUGGGCAUUCAUUAACGGAACCAAACUCGAAACCGUCCUGUCUGGAGACCUAUCUAAUGUCCGUGGCCUGGCUAUUGACUGGCUGUCGAGAAACAUGUACUGGAUGAGCUCAGACAACGAUGAGUCCCACAUUAACGUCGCCCGUCUUGAUGGAUCUCUCAAAACCACCGUCGUUCACGGCAUGGACAAACCCAAGUGUCUCGUCCUGCAUCCAUCUAAAGGGAAGAUGUUCUGGAUGGAUGGGGGCACUAUAAAUAUGGCCAAUAUGGAUGGCAGCAACAUCAAGAUUUUGCACCAGAACCAGAAUGAGCCUGUUGGGCUGACGAUCGACUACUCGGCCAACAAGUUAUACUGGAUAAGUUCCGGAAACGGAACCAUUAAUAGGUGUAACCUGGAUGGGAGUGGCCUGGAUGUGAUUGACAGCUUGAAAAAAGAGCUCCGGAAAGCCACGGCAUUAGCAGUGAUGGGUGGGAAGCUAUGGUGGGCAGAUGAUGUUCUCGCACAGCUGGGAACCAUUAACAAGAGGGAUGGAAAAAACCUGACGGUUCUUCGGGAUAAGACCACAGGCAUUGUCCACAUCAAAGUGUAUGACAAAGACAGUCAGAAAGGUCGCAAUCCUUGUAUACCAAACAACGGCGGUUGUUCCCAGCUUUGCCUUCCCACUUCUGAAACAACCCGGACGUGUUCUUGUACUACGGGCUACAACCUUCGUCCGGACCGCUCCACCUGUGAAGGUCUUCAGUCUUUCCUGAUGUACUCCGUUAAUGAAGGUAUAAGAGGACUGUCUCUGGAUCCCAGCGAUAACUCGGAAGUUUUGAUGCCGCUAACUGGCACUCUGUUCGCCGUGGGACUGGACUAUCAUGCCGGAAAUGAUACAUUGUACUGGACGGACAUGGGCUCCAACAGAAUCUCUAGAUCCAGUCGAGAUCAAACCUGGAGAGAGGACAUUGUCACAAGUGGUCUUGGACGUGUUGAAGGACUUGCAGUGGACUGGAUUGCAGGUAAUAUUUACUGGACGGACCAUGGCUUAAAUCUCAUUGAGGUCGCUCGAUUGAAUGGCAUGUUCCGCGCCAUGGUGAUAUCUGACGGUCUUGAUCAACCCAGAGCCAUUGCUGUGCACCCAAUGAAAGGGUUUCUCUUCUGGACGGAGUGGGGCCAGAGUCCUACCAUCUCCACGUCACAUCUCGAUGGUUCAGAGCAAUCCGUGCUUGUUAGCACCGGACUAGCAAGGCCCAACGGCAUCUCCAUAGACUACCAGGAAAAUAAAUUAUACUGGUGCGAUGCCCGCAACAACAAGAUUGAAAGAAUCAACCUUGAGCGGGGUGAGCAGAGGGAGAUUGUGUUCUCAUCGAGUGGGGUGGAUAUGUUUUCCAUAGCAGUCUUUGGGGCUUACCUCUUCUGGUCUGACAGAGCCUACGCCAAUGGAUCCAUCCGCCGUGCUUCCAAGAAAGACGCCGUGGACGUAGUGACCAUCAGGAGCGGCUUGGGCGUCAGUCUGAAAGAUGUGAAGGUCUUUAACCAGGAUCGGGAGAAAGGUACGAACGCUUGCAGCAGAGCGAACGGAGGAUGCCAGCAACUUUGUUUUUACUUGGGGAAUAACCGGAAAACUUGUGCUUGCGCCCACGGAUAUCUUGCUCAGGAUGGACUCAGGUGCAACAGGUAUGAGGGUUACCUGCUGUACUCCGAGAGGACCGUUUUGAGGAGUAUUCAUCUAUCGGAUGAGAAUAACCUCAACUCGCCAAUAAGGGCGUACGAAAACCCAAAUUAUUUUAAAAACGUUAUAGCUUUGGCCUUUGAUCAUCGUCAGAAAAUGCACGGAACCAAUCGGAUUUUCUUUAGCGAUGUUCAUUAUGGGAAUAUACAAGUCAUCAAUGACGACUGGACAGGACGACGCGUCAUUGCUGAGAAUGUUGGUUCUGUGGAGGGACUGGCGUACCACCGAGGAUGGGACGUCCUGUACUGGACGAGCUCCACCACAGCCACCAUCACCCGCCACAGCAUCGACCAGACCAGACCAAACACUUUCAACAGAGACACAGUGGUCUCCCUGUCUGAGGAGGACCACCCACACGUCCUCACUCUGGAUGAAUGUCAGAACUUGAUGUUCUGGACUAACUGGAACGAGCAGAAGCCAAGCAUCAUGAGGUCGACUUUAACCGGCCGGAAUGUCCGCGUUAUUGUUAGUGUGGAUGUCAUCACCCCUAAUGGACUCACCAUCGACCACAAAGCCGAAAAGCUGUAUUUUUCCGAUGGCAGUCUCGGCCACAUCGAGAGGUGUGAUUACGACGGCUCGCACAGAUACGUCAUUGUGAAAUCAGGACCCGGAACGUUCUUUGGCUUGGCAAUUUACAGAGACUUCAUCUUCUGGUCCGACUGGACGCGGCGGGCCGUGAUCCGCUCUGAUAAGUUCACCGGAGCCAAUACGAAAGUCCUCCGUGCAGACAUCCCUCAUCAACCGAUGGGAAUCAUCGCUGUUUCCAACGACACCAACAGCUGUGAGUCAUCCCCCUGCAGCAUGAAUAAUGGAGGGUGCCAUGACCUUUGCCUUUUGACUCCACUUGGUGUGGUAAACUGUACUUGCCGUGGAGAACGGAUAUUACUGGAUGAUAACAGAUGUGUAUCCAUGAACUCCUCCUGUAACAUCAACUCUGAGUUCCAGUGCGGAAACGGGGAAUGCAUCGAUUUCCAACUUACAUGUGAUGGCAUCGAGCACUGCAAAGACAGGUCGGAUGAGAAGAUACAGUAUUGUGAGAACCGGAACUGCAGACACGGCUUUAAAUUGUGCUAUAACCAGCGCUGUGUGGCCAACCAUCGAUUCUGUAAUGGCGUGAAUGAUUGCGGGGAUAACUCAGAUGAAGUUUACUGUAACAAUUCCUCGUGUUCGUCCUCUGAGCGACGUUGUGCAGACGGUGCCUGUAUUCCUGCAUCAUCCUGGUGUAAUCAGAUCAUCGAUUGCGCUGACGCAUCGGACGAGAAAAGCUGUAAUAGCACAGACUGCAUGGAAUACUACAGAUUGGGUUUUCAUGCCAGCAACAGUGAGAGAUUUCUAAGCUGCAAUUCCACGUCGCUGUGUGUUCAUCCCUCCUGGAUCUGUGAUGGAGCCAACGACUGUGGGGAUUACGCAGACGAAAUACACUGCCACGCUUCUUCAGUUCAUACAUGUGAGGACGGCCAUUUUGCGUGUCCCAGUGGAAACUGCAUCUCCAGCGUCUGGUUGUGCGAUGGACAGAAAGACUGCGAGAACGGAGCGGAUGAAUUUCAAUGCGAUUCAUCGUGCCUUUGGAAUCAGUUCGCCUGCUCGAAAAACAAGUGCAUCGCCAAACAGUGGCUCUGUGACGGGGAGGACGACUGCGGUGACGGAUUGGACGAAAGCGAGGAAAUUUGCGGUUCGGCAACAUGCGCCCCCGGUUUGUUCAGUUGCCCAGGAUCGUACGCUUGCGUACCCAGAAACUGGUUAUGUGACGGGGAGAGAGAUUGUCCCGAUGGUAGCGAUGAACUAGCGGUAGCUGGCUGUGCUCCGAACAACACGUGCACCGAGAGCACGUUCCAGUGCCGGAACCAGAACUGCGUCCCGCGGCGUUUCGUGUGUGACCAUGACGACGACUGCGGGGACGGUUCUGACGAGUCUCUGGAAUGCGAAUAUCGUUUAUGCAAAGAGGAGGAGUUCCGCUGCGCAGAUGGGCGGUGUUUAUUGAGAGCCCAAUGGGAGUGUGACGGCUUCCCCGAUUGUCUGGACCAAUCAGACGAGCUGCCACUCAACCCAAAGUGUUCCGCUGCAGAAAGUUUGUGCAACGGUUCGGUUUUCAUGUGCGCAAACGGUCGCUGCGUCCCGCUGGGGAGCGUGUGUAAUCAGCACGAUGACUGCGGCGACCGAUCCGACGAGAGGAACUGCCACGUUAACGAGUGUUUGAACCGUAAAGUCAGCGGCUGUACCCAGGACUGUCAAGACCUACCCGUGGGAUACAAGUGUAUGUGUUGGCCGGGGUUUCGUCUGAAAAAUGACGGCAGGACCUGCAUUGACAUGGACGAAUGUUCCGAGAACUUUCCCUGCAGUCACCAGUGCAUCAACACUUACGGGUCUUUUCACUGCCUGUGUGCCGACGGGUACCACCGUCCCGCCAGUAACCCGCACAGCUGCAGGUCUCUCUCAGCAGAGGAGCCUUUUCUUAUUCUAGCUGACCAUCACGAAAUCCGAAAGAUCAGUUUAGAUGGAUCAAACUACACACUUCUGAAACAGGUAGUUCACAGAACGUCGGUCCCCAGUGCUCUCGCUGUGGACUGGAUCGGCAAGAACUUGUACUGGUGUGAUGGCGAGAGAAAGACCCUGGAGGUGGCGAAAGCUAAUGGACUCUACCCGACCUUCUUUCUUUCUUUCUUGGUUGGUUGUUUUACUCAUUUGUUCUCUCAUUUGUUUACAGCGGAGUUUAAAUGCCAGCCGGGAAGGUUCCAGUGCGGAACGGGUUUGUGUGCCCUCCCUCCCUUCAUCUGUGAUGGAGAGAACGACUGCGGAGAUAACUCCGAUGAAGCCAACUGUGACUCGUAUAUCUGCCUGUCUGGCCAGUUUAAGUGCACUCACCGGCAGAAGUGCAUCCCUAUAAACCUGCGCUGUAAUGGACAAGAUGACUGUGGAGACGGUGAAGAUGAAACCGAUUGCCCCGAGAACACUUGCUCGCCGUCCCAGUUUCAAUGCAAGACCACAAUGCACUGCAUCUCCAAGCUGUGGGUGUGCGACGAGGACCCCGACUGCGCCGACGGAUCGGACGAGGCCAACUGCGAUGAAAAGACAUGUGGGCCGCAUGAAUUUCGCUGCAAGGACAACAACUGCAUACCGGACCACUGGAGGUGUGACGGGCAGAGCGACUGUAGCGACAAUUCAGACGAGGAGAACUGCAAGCCAGUAACAUGCAACUCAAAAAAUUUCAUCUGUGCCAACGGAGAGUGCAUCUCCUCUCGCUUCCGCUGCGACGGCGACUUCGACUGCACCGAUAACUCUGACGAGAGAGGCUGUGAGAGCCACUGCUCCGAGGAUCAGUUCCAGUGCCUGAAUCAUCUCUGUAUCUCAGUAAAAUGGCUCUGUGAUGGACAGGAAGACUGCAAAACCGGGGAAGAUGAGGCCAACUGCAGCCCUGCCAACACUGCCAUGACAGCUCGGCCGACAUCAUGUGCUCAGAACGAGUAUGUUUGUGUUGGAGGAGGCUGCGUGUCGGCUGGUCAACGCUGUGACGGACAAAAUGACUGUUCAGAUGGAUCUGAUGAGGUGGACUGUAUCCGGGAGUGUAAGGAGGACGAGUUCCUGUGUUGGAAUCGGGCACACUGUGUUCCCGCUCGCUGGAGGUGCGACAGAGUCUUUGACUGCUUGGAUCAAAGUGACGAGGACAACUGUGACCAGGGGUCAUUGGCUUGCCGCCCAGAUGAGUUUGUUUGCAACAACACGCUGUGUAAACUGCUGGUCUGGCUGUGUGAUGGUGAGGAUGACUGCGGAGACAACUCUGAUGAAGAUUCAAGCAUGUGUGAUUCUGUCGAUGGUGCGUGUCGAGGACGGGCCGACUUGUGCGGAGAUGACGCUUUCUGCAACCAUACGAAAACACCUUCAGUCUGUCAAUGCAAAGAUGGAUUUCAGAGAAACCAGAAGACCAAGCAAUGUGAAGAGGUGAACGAGUGUCUGCGAUUCGGAAGCUGCUCGCAGUACUGCACCAACACCAAGGGCUCAUACAAGUGCACUUGUGACCGAAACUUCAAGGAGAUCCAUGGGGAAUGCAUCACAAAAGGACCAGAAGAUCAGAUCCUCUAUGUAGCCAAUGACACCGAAAUUGGCAGUUUUGUGUAUCCAUACAACCAAACUCACGGACACACUCAACUGGCCCGAAUCUCAGACAGCGCUCGCAUCAUCGGCAUGGACGCGCUAUUUCACCAUCACAAGUUUGUGUGGGCCACUCAGUUUAACCCCGGGGGGAUCUUUUACAAAGACCUCCAGGACAGAAACCCAAUCACAUCAAACAGUGGAGUCAUAUGUCCAGACUUCCGGAGGCCCCGGGACAUUUCGGCCGAUUGGGUGACGGGGAACCUGUACUGGACGGAUCACUCCCGAAUGCACUGGUUCAGCUACUAUACGGCACAUUGGCGCCGACUUCGCUACUCCAUUAACGUGGGACAGCUGGGGGGUCCCAACUGCACCCGGCUCAUCACAGACAUUGACGGGGAACCUUUCGCUAUUACUGUUAACCCUGUAUGCGGGAUGGUCUACUGGACUGUGAUUGGUGACCACUCUCACAUUGAAGAGGCCGCCAUGGAUGGGUCCUUGCGUCGCAUUUUGCUGGAGAGGAACUUGCGUAGACCGACGGGACUUGCAAUUGACUAUUACAACCAGCGGCUGUACUGGUCAGACUCUGAGCUGUCUCAGAUGUUCAUUUCUCUCUACUCAUCUGCCAUCUUUGGAAUUUCUCAACCCUUCCGAAUUGACCUGUUUGAGGACUACAUCUACGGGGUCGGCAUGAAGCACGACGUCUUCAGGGUUCAUAAAUAUGGGAAGUCACCUGCCGAGAAGCUCAGUCUGGGUGUGGAGAGAGCGUCUAGCAUCUUGGCCUUCCAUCGGUACAAAGAACAGGAGGUGUCCAACCCAUGUGCAAAGAUGCAUUGCGCUUUCCUUUGUCUCCUGAACCCCAGCGGGGCCAGAUGUGUGUGUCCUGAGGGGAAAAUUCUGCUGAACAGGACCUGCACGGACACCAACAUCUCAGGAGAUCUUUGUCAUCCGGCCUGCGAGAAUGGAGGUCGGUGUAUCACCAAUGAACGAGGGGAAUCACGCUGCUUCUGCUGGCCAAAUUACUCCGGGGAACGAUGUGAGAUCAGCCACUGUAAGGACUACUGCCUCAACGGAGGCACUUGCACGGGAUCUCCACUAGGAAACCCCACGUGUCGCUGCGCUCUGGGUUUCACUGGUCCUCUGUGUGAGAAGCGUGUUUGUGACGGUUACUGUCUGAACGGAGGCACAUGUGACAUGACCCUGGGGAACCAACCCGUGUGCCACUGUCUGGCAGAAUACACCGGAGAACGCUGUCUACACCAUAUUUGUCACCAUUAUUGUGUGAACUCCAAAGGCUGCACACUGUCCGGCUUUGGACACGUGGAGUGCGUGUGUCCCACCCGCUACGAGGGGCCGAAAUGUGAGACGGACCGGUGUCUUCGCUGCCGAGGGGCCCCGUGUAUCGUAGACGAAGAGACUGGAGAUGUCGCCUGCAAGUCCACUAUCAUUUCCAUUUCAGGAGAAACGGAGGACAUUUCCUUACAACAGAAG